UUGCCUGCAUUCUCAAUGGAUGGUGACUUUGUUAUUGGAGGUGUUUUUACAUUUCACUACAACAUUUACACUGUGAUUUAUCAGUACACCACCAAGCCUGAGUCCUUAAAAUGCACAGGGAGCCUUAUUAUCCCACAACUGCAUUUCUCUCGCACAAUGAUCUUUGCCCUCGAGGAGAUAAACAACAGCACAGAGUUGCUGCCAGGCAUCAAACUUGGAUAUCAUAUCUAUGACUCAUGUGCUUCAGUGCCUGUGGCUGUGCAUGUGGCCUUUCAGCUGUCAAAUGGCCACGACCCAUUGUUUUACAAAGACGACAACUGUUCUCAAUCUGGUGUUGUGACGGCUGUAGUUGGAGAAUCUGGAUCAACACCAUCUAUUAGCAUUUCGCGAAUCAUUGGAUCCUUUCUUAUUCCUCAAGUGAGCCACUCUGCCUCUUGUGCCUGCCUGUCAGAUAAGAAGCAGUUUCCCACUUUUUUCAGAACAAUUCCCAGUGAUCAGUUCCAAGCUGAUGCUCUUGCCAAGCUGGUGAAACACUUUGGCUGGACUUGGAUAGGUGCUGUCCGCUCUGACUCAGAUUAUGGAAAUUAUGGUAUGGCAUCUUUUCUUGCUGCAGCUCAGAGAGAGGGGAUCUGUGUGGAGUACUCUGAAUCCUUCUAUUGGACUGACCCUCAAAGCAAGAUCCAAAGAGUGGCAGAUGUUAUCCGCAGGUCAACAGCAAAGGUUGUUGUUGCAUUUAUGGAUACUACAGAAAUGAGGCUCCUUUUAGAGGAGCUGGCUCGUGAGCCUAUACCACUCCGUCAGUGGAUAGGAAGUGAGGGCUGGAUCACAGACCCAGAGUUGAUGGACUUUGCUUUCUGUGCUGGAGCCAUUGGAGUAGCUUUGGAACAAUUUCUUAUACCAGGACUGACAUAUUUUCUGCUGGAUCUCUCUCCUACUGAAGUUGCUGCCUCCUCUGUGCUCACUGAGUUCUGGGAGGAUGCAUUCAACUGUACAUUGACAAAAGAAGCUGGUUCACACAAGAGACUAUGCAAUGGAACUGAAAACAUGAAAAUGCUCAAAAACUCAUACACUGAAUUAACAAUUACUAACCUAGUGUACAAGGCUGUUUAUGCAAUUGCUCACGCUAUUCACAAUGCAGUGUGUCAGAAAACAAAUGUCACCACCCAGUGUGAUAAACACUUCAGACUGGAGUCCAAACAGGUUUUAUCAGAACUGAAAAAAGUCAACUUUUCCCGAAAUGGCUAUCCUGUAUCAUUUGAUGUUAAUGGAGAUCCGGUGGCUUUUUAUGAACUGGUCAACUGGCAGAAGAGUGAGAGUGGAGAUAUAGAAGUGGUGUCAGUAGGAUACUAUGAUGCAUCACUGCCAAAAGGCCAGGAAUUUCGUAUAAACGGCGGAAUAAACUGGCUGGAGGAUGACACACACGUUCCAGUGUCAGUGUGCUCCAAGAGUUGUUCUCCAGGAACUCGGAAAGUGUUGCAGAAAGGAAAACCCAUCUGUUGCUAUGAUUGUAUACCAUGUCCUGAAGGAGAGAUCAGUAAUACAACAGAUUCUCCCAAUUGUGUCCAAUGUCCACGAGAAUUUUGGCCUAAUGUAGAAAGAGAUGCUUGUUUUCCCAAACCUGUAGAGUUUCUGUCCUUUGAUGAAGUCCUGUCAGUCAUUCUGGCAGCAUUAUCUGUUACUGGGGCCUGUCUGGCCAUCAUAACAGGAGUUAUUUUCUUUUGUCACAGAACAACUCCAGUUGUCAGAGCCAACAACUCUGAGCUGAGCUUCCUGCUGCUCUUCUCUCUGACUCUGUGUUUUUUAUGUUCAUUAACUUUCAUUGGAGCUCCCUCUGAGUGGUCCUGCAUGCUGAGGCACACAGCUUUUGGUAUCACCUUUGUUCUCUGUAUCUCCUGUGUUCUUGGUAAAACUCUAGUAGUUCUAAUGGCCUUCAAAGCUACACUUCCAGGUAGUAAUGUCAUGAAAUGGUUUGGGCCUCCACAACAAAGAAUGACAGUAGUGUUUCUUACAUUUAUUCAAGUUUUAAUUUGUACUGUUUGGUUGGUACUCAGCCCUCCAUUCCCUGUAAAAAAUCUGACGACAUACAAGGAGAAGAUCAUCCUGGAAUGUGCAUUAGGCUCUGCUGUUGGCUUCUGGGCUGUGCUCGGAUACAUUGGCCUGUUGGCUGUUUUUUGCUUUGUGUUAGCUGUUCUAGCUCGAAAACUACCUGAUAAUUUUAAUGAAGCCAAGCUGAUAACCUUCAGCAUGCUGAUCUUCUGUGCAGUGUGGAUCACCUUCAUCCCAGCAUACGUCAGCUCUCCUGGAAAGUUUACUGUGGCUGUGGAGAUAUUUGCUAUUCUGGCCUCCAGUUUUGGACUGAUACUCUGUGUAUUUGCUCCAAAGUGUUUCAUCAUAAUUUUUCAGCCAGAAAAGAACUCCAAAAGACAUUUGAUGAACAAAAAUUAA